AAGUUUCAACACCUUGCGAAAUUUUAACCCAUAAAAUUCCCAAAUUUUCUCAAAAAAAACUACGCGAGCUCUCAAUUCGACCUCCAUGGCGUCAAAAAGAACAACCACCGUCUUCUCUCUCCUCCGAAACCCCCAAACCCAAAACCCUAACCCUAGAAAAACCCCCAGUCGAACCUUCGCUCUCUGGUCCAUGACCAAGGACCCCGCCCUCGAAUCCGCCCUCACCCGCAACCGCCGUUGGAUCGUCAACAACCAAAUCAAGAACCUCCUCCUCCGAUCCCCAAACCAAAUCUCCACCGUCCGUUCCCUCCAGAAGAAGUUCAAAACCCUAGAUUUACAAGGUAAAGCCCUGAACUGGCUGAACAAGUACCCUUGCUGCUUUCAGACCUUCACUGAUCGUAACGGCGAGGUCUUCUUCGAGCUCUCGAAGCGGAUGAAGGCGCUGGUUGAGGAGGAGGAGGAGGUUAGCGUCAACGGCAGCCGGUUAAAUGCGCCGAGGAGCUGGGCCAAGCUGUUGAUGCUGUCGAAGGAUCAGAGGCUUAGUGUGGUGAAGUUGAAUGAGUUGAAGAAGAGUUUCGGGUUUUGCGAGGAUUACUUGCUGAGGAUCGUUCCGAGGUAUGAGGAUACGUUUAGGGUUUUGAAUUGUUCGGGUAGACGGAGCUCGAUGGAGAUCGAGCUCCUGAAAUGGGAUCAAGACCUCGCCGUCUCAGCGGUGGAAAUGAAAGCAGCUGAACGAGGAUUCGAGCCUCGGUUUUCGUGCUCGCUUCCUGAAUCCUGGAUCAAGACUCUAGAGAAAUUCGAACAUUUCAAUACGGGAACUCCUUAUAUUUCGCCAUACGUGAAAAAUUGUGCGAAUUUUGAUGUGGGUUUGGAGGAGAAGAGAGCGGUUGGAAUGGUUCAUGAGUUGCUUUCUUUGACUCUUUGGAAGAAAGCUUCGAUUUUGAAGUUGGAGCAUUUUAGGAGAGAGUUUGGAUUGCCAGAGAGAUUGAAUUGUUUGUUGUUGAGGCACCCGUGUAUUUUUUAUGUAUCGAAUCGGUAUAAGAUUUAUACGGUGGUGUUGAGAGAAGGGUAUAAGGGAUCGGAGCUCGUGGAGAAGGAUGAGAUGGUUGUCGUGAAGGAUAAGUUUGGGGAGUUAAUGCAAGAGGGGCUUCAUGAGUAUAAUCGUAGGAGGUGUGCGGUGAAUUUGGAGAAGAAGAGGAAGAGAGGCGAGGUUAAAGUGAGAGUGAAGAGAGAGGAGGAGGAGGAGGAGGAGGAUGAAGGUGAGAGAGAGAAGAAGAGGGAGGAGAGGAAGAGGUUUUACAAAGUUCUAUUUGACGAAAACCCGUGAAGAUAUGGAGUUAGGAAAUAUCAAUCCCUCCUGCUCUUGAAAUGUCUUUCAUGAUGGCGUUUCUUGUUUGAAGGUAAAACGCCUUUUGCAUGCGAAUGAAACUAUCUAAAUGCCAAUUAAAAGUUGUUGCGGGAAGCAAAAAAAUCUUGAUUCCUCCUCUAAGGUGUUCUAGACUGUUGGAUGCAGCCUCUCAAACCAAUUUUUCCAUGUUUACUGAGGCCACAAGGAGCUGAGACAAAUCAGAUUGUUCUAUAAGAAUCACUUGCUAUCACAAGGAGUCUGUACUCUUGUCAGGUCAAGUCAUUCUCAAAGCUGCUGCCUUAUGCUCACUGCCUGUAGCCCAUCAAGUAACAAUGUAUUUUCUCUGCAGUUGAACUAUGGAUUCAACGGGUUUACCUUCUAUCAUGCAAAGAGGUCUUAUGUAUUAUGGAAGUUAGGAUUUAGCUCAAAGCCCUUUUAGCUACCAGCUCCAGUUCUGGGCAUUGUUCUACUUGAGGAGUAAUUGGAUCGUGCAGUAUUUUAUUUGGAUCACACGGUAAUUUUUGUAAUUGUAAUUGUAAAAGAAGAAUUUUCCGGAAAAAAUUACGUGCGAUCGGUUGCA